AUGCCUAUUCUCUCCGGAGGCAGUGACCAAGACUAUAGUAACAUUAGCUACACGUCAUGUAAUUCCUUGAGCCACUUCUUUCCUGUCUCCGUUGAAACCCCUUCUGUCAAAGGGGUCCAUUACCAAAAAGCCAGGAGGAUUUAUCAUCCUGAUCAAGUCUCUGCAGUUGAUCUAAAGACAGAGAUCAUGAUAAAUGUUGGAGGCAUCAAGUACCUGCUACCUUGGAGUACUUUAGAUGAAUUUCCCCUGACCAGACUGAGCAAACUUAAGUUUUGCAGCAGUUAUGAAGAAAUAAUUCAGCUGUGUGACGAUUACGAUGAAGACACCCAUGAGUUCUUCUUUGACAGGAACCCCAAUGCUUUUGGGAUGAUUGUCAGCUUUCUAGCAGCAGGGAAGCUGAUGCUCUUACGAGACAUGUGUGCCUUGUCUUUUCAGGAGGAGCUGACAUACUGGGGGAUUGAGGAAUCCAACCUGGAGAACUGCUGCUUUCGAAAACUAUUUCAAAAAUUGCAAGAGUUGGCUGAGAUACGCAAAGAAGAGGACCUCCGAAGGAGCAAAGAAGCUACAUGUGUCUUGGACGAGAAAACAAAAUUUGGACAGUUUAUGAACAAACUCAGAGAUAUGGUAGAAAAUCCCCAGUCAGGACUCCCAGGCAAAGUCUUUGCUUGUCUCUCCAUUCUCUUUGUGGCCACCACAGCUAUAAGCCUUUGUGUUAGCACAAUGCCAGACUUAAGAGCUGAAGAAGACAGGGGCGAGUGUUCCCAGAAGUGCUAUUACAUCUUCAUCAUAGAGACCAUCUGUGUGGCUUGGUUUUCCCUGGAAUUCUGCCUCCGAUUCAUUCAGGCAAGGAGCAAGUGUCAGUUCUUCAAAGGACCCCUAAAUAUCAUUGACUUCUUGGCUAUUUCACCCUAUUACGUUUCCCUCAUCUUCUCAGAGGAUGACUCAAACGAGGAGGAUGACAGACCAAGCAGCAACACAUAUUUGGAGAAGGUUGGUUUGGUGCUACGGGUUUUACGUGCCUUGAGGAUCUUGUACGUAAUGCGCCUUGCCCGGCACUCCUUGGGUUUGCAGACUUUGGGCCUCACAGUUCGGAGAUGCACACGAGAAUUUGGCCUGCUUUUACUCUUCUUAUGCGUGGCUGUCACUCUGUUUUCUCCUUUGGUCUAUCUCGCCGAGAAUGAAUCUGGGAAGGUGCUUGAAUUUACAAGCAUACCUGCUUCUUACUGGUGGGCUAUCAUUUCAAUGACCACUGUGGGGUAUGGAGAUAUGGUACCACGGAGUGUCCCAGGCCAGAUGGUGGCUCUGAGCAGCAUCCUCAGUGGGAUCCUCAUCAUGUCUUUUCCUGCAACAUCAAUAUUCCACACUUUCUCCCAUUCCUACUCGGAGCUGAGAAAAGAACAUGAACGACUGCAGUCUCGGCUAACCAGAGUAAAAAAUGCCAAUAACUCUGGUGAAAGUGAUACCUUCAACGAGACAGACAGCUUGAUCCUGGAGGAUCAAGCAUCACCAAUCAAAUACAUUUACACAGGGAACUAA